AUGGGAUCCUUAAAAAAGCAUUUGGACAAAGCUAAAAAAGACAUUUCCUAUUACAUGCCAAUCAACAACGUGGGCUUGGCUGUCAUUGACUGGGAAAACUGGAGGCCUACCUGGGCUAGAAACUGGAAACCUAAAGACGUUUACAGGGAUCAGUCUAUUGAGUUGGUUCUGCAACAAAAUAGACAACUUACUUUCCCAGAGGCUGCCAAGAUAGCGAAAGUGGAAUUUGAAAAGGCAGCAAAGAGUUUCAUGCAGGAGACUUUAAAAUUGGGAAAAUUACUUCGGCCACAUCACUUAUGGGGUUAUUAUCUUUUUCCUGACUGUUACAAUCAUAAUUAUAACCAACCUAGUUACAAUGGAAGUUGCUUGGAUAUAGAGAAAAGAAGAAACGAUGCACUCGACUGGUUGUGGAAGGAAAGCACUGCCCUUUUCCCAUCCAUGUAUUUGAAUAGCAAGUUAGAAUCUUCUCCACAAGCUGCCCUCUUUGUUCGUAAUCGUGUCCAGGAAGCCAUUCGGAUGUCUCAAGUAGCCAAUGCUAAAAGCCCACUUCCAGUUUUUGUGUAUGCCCGUCCAGUUUUUACUGAUGUGUCUUUUCAAUUCCUUUCUCAGGGCGACCUUGUGCAUACAAUUGGUGAGAGCGUUGCUCUAGGUGCCUCUGGAAUUAUAAUGUGGGGAAGUCUCAACUUAAGCCUAACUAGGCCCAUUUUAAAAAUCCAAGCUACAUUUUUAAGGACCUGUGACUGAGCCCAUCCAGAUAAUUCAGGAUAACCUCCCCGUC